AUGAUGCCGUAUUUAUUUUCUGCGCCUUCCUAUAGGUAUGAUUAUGAGAACAUGUCGUCCGAGGAGGGCAACCAGAUUAUGCGUCGUUUGGGGAGCUACAUGGAAGACCAGAAGUUCGUCGGCCGUAUUUAUAAGACUGAACACGGAAUGAAGUUCAAGGUCCUGAAAAUAGAGAAUUUUUCAUACAAUGAUCCUGUUGACCACAGCGUCUCUAAGAACCAGGGUAUUAUGAUUUUCCUGGACCAUGACACUCGCCUGGUCUUCCGUCUUAGUGGAACUGGCAGUUCUGGUGCGACUAUGCGUAUGUAUGUAAAUACCUUCAGCGACGACAAAUCUACGUUAAAUAUGCCUGCCAGCGUAAGUGUAAUAUGCGGUACUUCCCCCCCCUUUCUCACCGUCUUUCUUGUUUACCCUUGCGUGCAUUGCCAACUUUGCUUCUUACUCGCCGCUUGCUUUUUUCUAUUCUCACCGUCCAAUUUAUUAAACUGGUUUAAUUUUUAA